AUGUAUGCAAUUCGGCUGACAGACGGUGUUCCGGAUUUUUACUUUCAGAUUCCUUUGAAGAUAUCUGUGUUGUGGUGGAAACGCGGCACCGGUAUCGACAUCUCUCACAAGCAUGACAGGAAAGCCCGGAGAAAAGCACCGAGAUCUAAGAACGUUUACUUGUCGCUUCUAGUGAAGCUUUACCGGUUUUUGUCACGUCGAACGUCAGCCAAGUUCAAUAAGAUCAUACUGAAGCGGCUGUGCAUGUCUCGCACGAACAGGCCACCGAUGUCCCUCGCUCGCAUAACACGAUUCAUGAAGAAGAAGGAACGCGAAGGAAGACUUGCCGUCGUUGUUGGCACAGUAACUGACGAUGUCCGCCUUUUCGACGUGCCCAAGUUGUCGAUUUGUGCCCUCAAGAUCACGGACUCUGCGCGUGCGCGAGUUCUGAAGGCUGGUGGUGAAGUAAUCACCUUUGACCAACUAGCUGUGCGUUCGCCGCUGGGAAACAACACCGUUAUGAUGCAGGGAUGUCGCACGGCUCGCGAGGCCCACCGCCACUUCGGGCGCGCUCCCGGCCUUCCGCAUUCUCACACGAAGCCGUUCGUUCGCUCGAAGGGCCGUAAGUACGAACGGGCCCGUGGACGCCGUUCUAGCCAUGGAUACAAGAAGUAA